AUGGCAUGUACUGGAAGCGACAGCAGCGGAAGCAGUGGUAGCGAGAGCGAGGCGCGGCCCAGGAAGCUGAGCCCGGAGGAGCGGGCCAGGGCGGCGGAGGUGUUGGACAAGCGCCUGGGAAAGCUGUCUUAUCUCUUCACCAACCACACGAUCCACAAGUUCUUCCGCCGGCACGCGCGGGCCAAGACCAGCGAUGGCCGGCCGGCGCUCACAGCCAAGCAGGCGGCUGAGAUGGCCCCGGAGCUGGCGGAGCACCUGGGGGUGCCGCCGCAGGUCUUCCGCGACGUGCAGAUCCUGUGCCAGCGCUUUGACUUCGACGGCCAGGGGGCGCUGGACAAGCAGCAGUGCACGGUGCUGUUUCGAGGCAUCCUCCGGCAGAAGCGCAAAGAUCUGGGGCCCCGGCGGCUGGAGGUGGAGGUGCCGGAGAUGAGCCUGGCGGAGGCGGGCUUCACGGUGGAGCGGGAGCUCGGCCAGGGCGGCCAAGGUGUGAUGUACCUGUGCGAGAGGGACGAGGUGCCUUUUUGCAUCAAGUUCUUCAGCAAGCAGCAGGAUGAUGACUGCUUGGAGGACCUGCUGACGGAGUACACCCUGAUGAUGGACUUUAGCCACAUCAAUGUGGCGAAGACCUACGAAGUCUUCCAGGACGAGGAGUUCUUCUACUUAGUGAACGAGCCCUACUUCGGCGGGGACCUCACCAAGCUGGCAAAGAAGGCCCACGACCAAGGCCUGUCCAUGAGCGAGGACUGGUGGCGUCAGAUUUUCCGGCAGUGUCUCGAGGGCCUGGCCUAUCUCCACUCCAAAGCAGUCAUGCACUGCGACAUCAAGGAGGAGAACGUGAUGCUCGCCACCAACGACAUGGACAACCCCCGGGUGGUGCUCAUCGACUUCGGCCUCGCGGAGGCCUUGACCUCCACCUCCAGCGGUUGCAGCGGCACGCCGGGCUACAUCCCUCCGGAGACUUGGGAGACGGAGUGGUGGUACCCCAAGGGGGACAUCUUCAGCACCGGCAUCAUGUUCUUUCAGCUCAUGAUCGGCCAGGUGCCGGGUGACGAGGUGCUGGGGGUGUUGCAGACUGAUGGGGACAGGGACGAGGACAUGGCGGCGGCUCUGAAGCUGCACCUUCCCUGGGAGCGCUUUCCGGGAGAGAUGCCAGAGCUCCGCGCGCUGGUGGCGCAGAUGACGCUGCGCCAGCUGGCGCAGCGGCCCAGCGCCAAGGGGGCCCUGGAGCACGAGUGGUUCCACUCGGACAGCGACGAGGACCUGCCGGCGGCGUGCCGGGCCGCGCUGCUGGGGAGCUCCGCAGCGCAGUGCCUCAGGGAGCAGGUCAUGUACGAGCUGGCGCUGAAAAACAACCUCCGCGAACUGCGAGCGCUGCAGCAGCAGCUGUUGGAGGCGGACGGGUACCGAAGGGGCCGCCUGGCCCCGGAGGUGGUGCAGCAUUACCUGGAGGCAUCCCAGGUGCGCCCGGGCUGCGUGCGGGACUUUGUGACCUGUCGGAGCGCCGGCCUUGUGGAGUACCAGUCGCUGCUGGAGCAGUCGCUGCGGCUCCGGGAGCAAUAUUCCCUGCAGUUCCUGCAGGAUUUGUCCCCGGAUCUGGGGGCGGACGAGGAUGGGAAGCUGACCCGGCGGCAGCUGGAGACGCUGCUGAAGAGUGGGGUGGUGGAGUGUGAUGACGAUGAGGCAGAGGAGAUGCUAGAGGAGCUGGUCCUGGACGAGGAGGGCCAGCUGAGCUUAGGCGCCUUCCGGGCCUUCCUGCUGCAGGACGGCCGCAUCGCGCGGCGCACCGCGGUGGAGGGAAGGAUCUGCGAGGGCGAGUGCUGGCGCUGCCAGCUGCUGUAG